AUGAAUGGCUUCAGUACCGAAGAGGACAGCCACGAUGGGCCGCCCGCGCCGCCCCUCUACGGCCAGAGUUGCUGCCUGAUCGAGGACGGCGAGCGCUGCGGCCGCUCCGCCGGCAACGCCUCCUUCAGCAAGCGGAUUCAGAAGAGCAUUUCGCAGAAGAAGCUCAAGCUGGACAUCGACAAGAGCGUGCGCCAUUUGUACAUCUGCGACUUCCACAAGAAUUUCAUUCAGAGCGUGCGCAACAAGAGAAAGAGGAAGACAAGUGAUGAUGGCGGCGAGUCCCCGGAUCAUGAUGUGGAGGUGCCAGAGGUGGACCUGUUCCAGUUGCAGGUGAACACAUUGCGACGCUACAAGCGACACUACAAACUGCAGACCAGGCCCGGCCUCAACAAAGCCCAGCUGGCCGAGACGGUGAGUCGUCAUUUCAGGAACAUUCCGGUGAACGAGAAGGAAACGCUGACCUACUUUAUUUACAUGGUGAAGAGCAGCAAAAGCCGCUUGGACCAGAAAGCCGACAGCAGCAGCAAACCCCUGGACUAA